AUGAGUAUCAAUUAACAAAAAAAAUAUGAAUAAUCUCAAAGUGUUUUUUUAAAAUCUCAAAAUGAUUUCGUGGAAACUUCUUUAUGUGUACAAAGUUUGAAUGAAAAUAAAGAAAAAAACGAUAAAAUCCUUGCCCCAUACCUCAAAUUAGAAUUUAAGUAAGGUUUAGGAUAGAUGGAAGGUGAGAAUACUCAUUCUUUGUAAGCUCCCUCUUCACUAAAUUCUCCUAAUAAUAAUGACAUUAGAAAUAACACAUUUAUGCCUUAUUUUGAUAAAAGCGAGGUAUUUGACUUCUAAGAAAGAGAAGUAAAUCACCAUUAGCAAGAUUAGCUUGAAUAAUAAAACUAUGAAACACAGAUUCAAUAGACAAAUUAGACACUCAACGUCACAGAAGCAUUUAAUUUAAGCAGCUCUAAAGUAGGAAAAGAAAUUCUUCAUUCUAAUAGCAUUGUAGAAAACCACAAAGCCUUUAAUUUAGAUAAACAAAUAACCAAAAAAGGAUUAGAUAAUCUUUCAAUUAAUACUAAGGUCCAAUAUUUUAGCUCUCAAACAAGUAAGUAUCUCAAAAAAACCCCUAAUAAUAGAUUAAAUUCGUAGACAUAGAAAUAAUAGCUUUCUCCUGAUUGCUAUCAAAUAGGUGCUAAUAACAAUUUAUGGGGUUAUGUCAGUCCAUAGCAAAUGAAAAAAAGUAUUUUACAAACCAAGCAUAAAAGUUUAAUUUGGAGGAAAAACUGGAUAAGAAUUUGCUUUUUGGUCUCAAAAAUGAGAAGUUUUGCGCGUUAAUCAGCAAUAUUUUUUAGACCCAAUCUACUAAGAAAAUUCUAAGUGAAUCUAAUUGACGAUAAAUCAAGCAAUUAGUAGAACUCAAUAAACAAAUUUUAAUUCGCUAACUACUACUUUGGGAGAUAAAUUACAUAUAAAAAACUCAAAGGAUUUAUAACAUUCAAGACUUAUAUAAAAUUUAUGAAAAUAGCUGUGAAAUACUGUGGAUGCUAUUUUAAUUGCUUGUUAAAAAUCAAAAAACUUCUAGAAAAAAUAAUGGCUAAAGUAUUUAAGCAUAUUCCGUUGUUUCACAAUCUAUCAACCUUAUACAUCAUUUGGGAAUCAUUCAUUUUUCUGUGUUCCUCUGUUUUAUUUAUUUAUCUCCCAUUUGAAUAUGGUUUCUCUUUACAUAGACCAUAAUUCCUUAAAAACUACAUUUAAAUAUUUACACCUGCAGUUUUUUCAGUAGACAUAUUUAUAAAAGCAAACACUAAAUCAUCAGAAUCAGGACUAAUCUCUCUUUUGUAUCUUAUACUGCAGCUCCUUUACUUUGCUCAUUUAUUUUCUUGCCUUUGGAAUGCAAUAGGCAUAGAAUAAUCUAGCUAUAAUUAAGGUUGGCUAUUAUAUUAUGAUAAAUUAAAUGCACCCAUUUAUUCUAGAUAUCUCCUCUCAUUUUAUUACUCAAUGGUAACAAUGACAACUAUAGGCUAUGGCGACAUAACAGCUACAUCAGAUCUUGAAAGAUUUGUUAUGAUAUUUAUGACAUUCAUAUCUUGUGGCAUAUUUGGAUACUCUAUUAAUUCUUUUGGCAAUAUUUUACUUGAUUUCAAAAAGAAAAGAGAUGUCUAUUUGCAAGAAUUAGCUAAAAUAAAUUAAUAUUUCAAUUAGUACAAUGUUGAUCUCGUUUUACAAGGAAGAGCAAGGAAAUACAUAUAGUAUUUGUAUAUUGAUGAGAAAAAGAAUAGCGCUUGCUCUAUAAAAUCUCUAUCUAGUCUAUCAGAGUACAUGUAAAAUGAAAUUAAAAGAGAUGUUUAUGUGAAGAGGCUCUAGCAAGUAAAGGUUUUUAAUGAUAUUCUUUCUGAAGAAGUAAAGUAAGAGUUGGUAUUGAAAAUGAAAGAACAUAUUUACUCACCAGAUUAAAUUAUUGUAGAUUCAAAAGAAGUAAAGGAACCAUAGCUGUAUUUUGUUCAUUCAGGGUUGAUCUAAUAAUUUAUUUAAUAUGAUUGCAACUCUUAAUAAAAAAAAAUUGAAUCUUUUAGAGAAAAUCAGUAUUUUGGAUUAUUAAAUUUUAUUAUCGGAAAUGGACACUCUGAUAUGAAUUACAAAAGUGUAGGAAUUUCAUACGUUUUACAAGUUAGCUAAUCAGAUUUCAUUUCGGUGAUAAAAAAGGAUAACGUUGCUUUUGAGAAAUACUCCUUUUUAGUAGAUCAAAUUAAAUUUAACAAAUAAUAUGGAAUCAUUAAUUAAUGUUGUACUUCUUGCUUUUAAAGAAAUCAUAUUUUAAAGAAUUGUCCUUUUUUAUUCUACGAAGGAAAAAAAGAAUAAAUUAUUAGGAAUUAUUUUAAGUAAAUCAACGAGUAAAUAAAACACUACAAAAGAAAAUAACAAAAAAAUCCUUUUAAUGCUCGUGUAUCACAUGCUUAUGUUAAAGCAUAAGCACUUCUACUUGUUGAGCAAAUUAGUGAUAUUUAAGAGGAGUUUAGCUUUACCUUUAGCCUUUAAGAUAAUAAUAAUGAUCAGUAUGCUUAAGCAGAUCAAUACUUUGACACUUCAUACCAUAAAAAUGAGUUAGAAGAAGAAUUAUUAGAAGAAUAAGAAUUAAAAAACAUUAAUACAGGAAAAUUAUCGGAUCAAGAAGCAAAUCAAAAUAAAGAAAAAGAAAAUGCUGAAGCAUAUAAGUGCUCAAUUUUAGAUGAAGAACUAUUGAUGUAAGAAUAAAAAACUUUCUCAGAUGAAUAAUAGCAAUUUAGUGUGUUUUAGCACAAAAAAACUAAAAAAACAUCUUUCCUAGAAAACAGUGAGGCACAUGGGAGUUAAGUGAACAUGAGUUCUAGAUAACUAUCAAGCCAUAGUGAUGUUGAUUAACCAAAAAGUUUAACUUUGACCACCAACCAAGCUAGUGUACAAAAAUAAAUUGUAAUUUUUGCUUAAAUAUAAUUUAUAAAGCAAUGA